AUGCGCACCAAAGCGAGUACGGCAGGCACAACCAAAAAGGGCGAACGUCAGCAACUUGGACUCGCGGCCGAGCAGCCAUGGAUCCACCGAAACACUGACGCGACUUGUGACUCUUUGGUGCUUCUGUGCUUUGUAAAACCCGACUCCACCUCUGUCGUUAGGGCGCGGGCUGACGAUACAUCCGAGUCUGCAGGAAACGUUAAGCCCGCCCUGGCCGAAUCAGCGACAUGGGUUGGCAUUCUUUGCGAAUACAACGCUCGUGGAAAACUAUCACGAGAAGCUGCUAAGGGUGACCACAACCUGCGACUCUUGGUUGGUCACGCCAACAUGCUCGACUCGCUAAUGAUCGACCUUGCCAACGCAGAGCAAGAGCAGGAGCGGUGGUUCAACAAGUCUUUAUCUGGUGCAAGAGAAGAGGAGGAAAUCUCCUACCAGGAAACUAUUGUGGAGGAACCCGAGGCCGACUGGGAAGCUGAGGAUGCAGCCAACAGCGACGAAUCAGAUUACGAGGAGGAGAUCAGACCAAUAGUCGACGACAUGGAGAUUGACGAUGAAGAUGACAACUCCCUUGCUCUCACACGAACUGUCUCAAGACACUCACCACCAGAGCUUCUCGCUGAUGAAGACUCGGAGUCAGAAGACGAGCAUAUGCCACCAUCUCCACCAAACUUGUCGCUUGACGACCUAACAAGCAAGCCACAACAGUCGCUCUUUCCAUCGACAAAAGAGAUCACACAAGACAUCCCUGAAGGAUUUUACCUACCUUCGAAUCAGGAGCCAACCAUAAUCGCCGCCUAUUAA